AUGUUGUCUUCCAAGCUAUUAUUACAAUCUGCACGCGAUAACGAUGAUUUCAAUUCAUCGUAUUUAGACGCCAGUGAACAAACGUCAAAUCUAACUAGUGUUUCUAACAAUGAUAUAUCAAAAAUUAAUAGUUCUAAUGGAACUGUAACGAAGAAAAACGUUUCAUUUGAUCUUUCUUCGUCACCCAAACGAGCAUACAUCGGUUCAAAUCGUUCAAAACCCUUUUCAAAUAAUUAUAAACAGCAAACGUAUCAGUUCGAAUCAAAUCUACCAUUUUCAACUACAUCAUUAUUAUCAAAUGAGAACUCGAAUGAAACCUCGAUAAAAGAAGAAGAGAAAAUCAAACGACUAAUACCGCCACAACAACAACAACAUUCGUCUCAUUUCUCUCUUUCUUCAGGAUUCUUUUCUCCUCCUCGUCUCACUUUUUCUCCUUCUUCUCAUUCUGAUUCUGAUACGACUACUCAUUUUCAACAAGAAGAACAACAGCAAGAACCUUCAAAUACUUUUCCUGCCAAGAACAUUAAUAACGACGAAGACAAAAACAAUAACCAUCAUCAUAAUCAUCAAAUAAUAACUAACAGUCAAAAUACAAAACAAUCACUUUUUUCGCACCAUAAUCACAAUAACGAAAGUACCAAUAGUAUUAAUAGCACCAAUAGUAUAGACGAUUUCAAAGUAAAUAAAAGAGAAACCUUUGAUGAAGUCGAUGAUGAAAAUCAAUUUUCAAACGAUAUUAAUUUAACAUCAACACCCACAAGAAUAUUAUCGCCAAGAAAUAAUGAUUUAAAUCAACCAUACUACAACAGUUACAAUAUGUCAUCACGUUUUAUUUCACCUUCCACCUCUUAUGAUCAUAAGAUAUCCGAUCAAAAUAAUAAAUAUAUUAUACAAUUAAAAACAGACGAAUUUGACGAGAAAGAUUUCACUCUAACAAAACGUCAAGCAGUUGGACACUUGAUUAUUGAUGCUAAACACUAUGAAGAAGAUCAACUUGGAGGCUAUAUAAGACGUGAACUGCACAAAAUAUUUCCUAUUCCAAAACAUAUUGAUAUCAAUAAUCAUCAAUAUUCAUACAAUAGAAACAUGAAAGAAUUGACGAUAGAACUACCUCAUUUACAACAACAACAGGAUUCAUAUUUAAAUUCAUCGUAUUUAUCAUCCGUACCUCGUACUGGCGUUGGCGAUCAACGUUCAAGUGGCGAGUUUUUGACAAGUUCAUAUCGCACAAAUAAUGAUCUGAAUUUAACCACAAAUAGUAAUACAAGUGGUAUUGGCACAAAUGAUACAUCAGCAGCAUCGAAAAAUAUCAUAACAAGUCAUUAUGAACCAGCAUCAUCAAUAUUAACAUCAUCAUCAUCAUCAUCAGCCAAACCAUUUGAUUUUGAUUUAUUUCAUCGAAGUGUAUUUCGACCACAAAUUGUUUCAACAUCACCAUCUACUGAUACAAAUGAUAAAAAAAAAUUAGUCAUGAAUUUAGAUUUAAGCGAUUAUACCGCAGAAGAUAUUAAAGUAUCAAUUAAAGAUCGUGAUUUGAUUGUUAAAGCUGAACGUAAAGUGGAAACAGAUACACGAAAAUCACGUGCAUCAUUUUAUCAAUCAACAAGUUUACCACCACAAACAGAUAUUGAGAAUCUAAGAUCAAAUUACAUGGAUGGAAAAUUAGUUAUUGAAGCACCAUACCUAGAACAUUAUAAUCAACAACAACAACAACAACAUCGAGCUGAUAAUCCACCUUGGAACACUGUUGCUGAAUCUCAACGAUUGACAACGAUCGAUAAUCCACAUCAACACAGAACAGAAAAAGUAACAGAAAUUCUUCAUCUUAACCGAAUAAAAUAA